UCGGAGUGGUUGCCGCGUCGUCAUCGCGCACCACUGCUUGCCCUGCUUUUUAAUCCCUGCCGCGCUUGCGUGGGCGCGCUGGCUCUGCUUGUGCCGGCCGCACUGAGCGUUGUGAGCGAGCUCUCUCCGUCUGCCCGGAGAUACUGGAGCCACCAGACCCAUCUACUUGUUUAUUGUCAGUUGGUGCGUGUCGUGCUAUGCUUUCUUGUGCGCCUGCGAAUCUGUUUGUUCGGGGCACUGACCACGAUUUGUAUCAGAGGACACAAAUUAUCAGCUGGUUGUCCGUGAGACGGCAAGAUGUCGAUAGCCAAGAAGGAAGAGGUUUGCAGUCACCAACUUAUACCGCGAUUGGGUGAGCCGCCGGUUGGUGUGCCUAUUAAGAAAAGGCCAGUUUCAUUGUCUGAUAAAUCAGAUGCGUCUGGCAUGAUGCUCUCGAUGAAAUCCUCAUCUCCAGCGAAGGAGAUGUCCGUUUCAGCUGCAGAUGCAUGCUGUGGCAAGGAAUCCUUCUUCAACAUUGCUAAAUCAGACACAAAUAUGAUCACCAAAGGUAAGGGAAUCACUAAUUCCCAUAUCCAAGACCAUGCCAACAGGUCCUUUACGCUGUCCAUGGCCAAUAGAAAAGGAGUGCUAUUCAAUGGCUCAAAUGAGAUCCCCUCUUGUGCGGAGAGUGAUAGAAGGAGUUUUGCGUCGGUUGAUGAAUCACAAUGUCAAAAAAAUUUGGCUCUGGAUUUACAGUUAGCAUCUCCCCAAAAUGGCAAAAAUAACAACUAUGGUUCUCUUGUGAAGGAAGAGAAAGCAGACCAGGGUCUUUCUGACUUUUCUUCAGUAGAAUCCCACAAGAAUGUUCAAAUAGCAAGUGAAAUGGAUGCUUCUUCUAACAGUAGCAUUGGGAAACUACCUAAUUUGGAUCUCAAUGUGCCAUUGGACCCAACUGAUUCACCUGAAGGCUUUCCUACAAUGCAUGAAAGUGGGAAUGGGCUGUAUCAUAGAACAAUUCAGCAUCAGAAAGCACAGGUGCUCCCAGCAGCACCCAUUUCUACAAUAAGCAUUGGACUGGGUCGGAACAUUGACAGUACUCUGAACCUGUCCAAUGGGGUUUCUCAGAAGUGUGGGUCAGAUGAUGUUACAUUAGAUUUGCAGCUUAAACCACCAGCUAGACCUGAGCUAGGAAUAAAAUGGAAAGGACUUGCUCCUGCUCCAGAAUUGAGUCUCUCUCUAUUUGGUAAGCCCAUGGAUGAGCCUAAGGCUCUCAGUGCUCCGAACGCUUUAUUUAAUUCUGAACCUGCUGGAAGUUCCAUAAAGGUCAGUGAGGAGGCUGCUACACCGGGGUCAGAUAAGUCACCAGUUGAGAAGGCUGUGACACUUGUAUCCUGCAAUACAAACCCUCAGAAUGCUACAUCGUCAAAUGUCUGUGGACUUGAUAAAGUGUCUAAUAGUUUGGUGAAGAAAGAACCUGAAGAAUCAUUCCAGCAGCAUAUUCUAAACGAUGCUGAAAAGACACAACUGUUAGAACGACAAAGUAUUAGACUAGCUAACAAUUGCGCUGAAUCUGAAAAAACUGACAGUGCACCCCAAGUUCCCAGUAAAACUGGCUUUGAUUUGAAUUCUGACAUAUUUCCGAAUAACAGUAUCCAUAAUGGGCUUGAUGUAGUGACUGAUACUGUCCUAAUACCAGCUGAAAGUUUGCCUGAUAUUGGCUGGACUGAGAUCGUGCCUGCUGUUCAUGAAGUUGAGAAAUCUGUGAAGCGCGAAGAAUCCACGAGUCCUGUGGUAGCAAUGGUAAGUGGUCAUUCUGCACCUUUGAUGGCAGCAAAAUCUUUGCCUUUGGAAAGUAAUGUUGCCAGCCCUGCUGUUGGAUUGUGCAAAUCAUCCAGUCAGCCCUCCAUUCCUACUUUAGAAGCUCCAUGCUCUGAUACUGUUUGCAAACCACCAGCCAGUCAUAUUCGUGCUCAUGAGGAUAUGACAUUGAGACCUUGCGAUGCUAAUGAAGUUUCUGAUGCAUUGCGAAGUUCCUCCAGUCCUCUAGCUGAACCUUUGGUUCAUAAUUCUCAGGACCAUGCUACUGUUGAUGGUAUGUCACAAGGGAGUGCUGAAAUGGACUGCUCAGAUGAUGAUAAUACUGUUUCAAGGUUACGUAUUACUAAUAAAACUCAUGGUGAGAGAUUGGGGAAUGGCCCAACCAUCAAGGAUGGUAUCAAUGCUAAUAACUUAUGCAAAGAGCUAAAGAAAGAGCAUGACAGUGAUAUUUCAUCUUUGACAAAUAAGGUUAGCAUGGAGGGUGCUGAUGAUGACAAAUGUGCUAAAAUCAGAGUUAAUGUUGUCAGACAUGCAGGUGAGCGUGGGCAUCGAAAUGAGGUUUUUGUUAACGAAAAAUCUGAAGACAAACAAUCAUUGAAAUCAGGUAAGAAUUCUCCAGUGAAUAAGACUGACAAUAGCAUACAUGAUGUUAAGGCUGUCACAGGCUCCACUUCAACAGAUCAGCGAAGGUUAUCAGCUUCGCAAAAAUGUACCUCCCCUAAAACGGAAUCUACUAGGCAAUCUCCUAAGACUUUGGAUAUCUGCCUUGAGAAGACUAAAAGCCCAGAGAUAAAUUCAGAAAGGUCUCCACAUGGUAAGCAAGCUGCUAGUUGUAGUGAGGACAAUUCGAAAAAUGUUGCUGUGAAGACGGAGCAUCUGGCAGAAAGUGAAGAGGCCGCUAGACAGUCUGAUUUCCAUCCAAAAGAUUCUGCCCUGGGCGAAGACUCGGAGCUUGAUGAGGCUUCAAGCAGUCAAACACAUAGUGAAUGUGGCAAGGUGAAGUCAGCGUCUGAAAAAUCAGAAUAUGAUAAAUGUAAACCUGGCUCUGGUAAGACAUCUUUUGUACAGAACGAAAGAGAUGAACAGCUUGUUGGGUCACAUUGGAGAGAUCUGGGGCAUGCUUAUGUGAAUAGGAAUGAAAGAUGGGAGAGGUUCAUGGAGUCUGAGCGAGAGAAGAACAAAGGAGAAUACCAAGGUGGCAGACAUGCAUCUGACAUGAUAAACCAACAAAGGACAUACCACCGUUACGGGGGUCGUGGUGCUGGAUCCCAUGGUCAUCCAAGGAACUUCAGAGGUCCAAGAAAUGAGUUUGAAAUUGAUUUUGUCAAUGAACCUAUUAGUGGCAGAAGGCGCCCAUUUGAAGAUGACCUUGAGCACUUGCACCGAAUUUCACAUAGGCGGCGGCGUUCACCACCAGCCGGCUGCCUCAUGAGAGAGAUGGACAGUGAUGGUUUUCCUGGAAGGGAGAUUCCAGAUCCUAGGCUGCUGGCACGAGGGCAGAUCGAAGAUCUCCCAGAUGACAUGAUCGAAGAGAGGUUUUUUAUGCCACAUUCCCAUCGACGUCAUGCCCAAGGUGAUCAUGGAUUUAUUCACAGAGAGAGGAGCCAUUCACCUGUGCAAAGAAGGGGUGCUCCUAUGCAUUUUCACCGGGGGCAAUCACCUGAAGCGAUGCACAGAUCACCGCCACUCAUGCGAGGUGAGAGAACAUUCCUGCCUCAUCGCCGUCACAACCGACGCCAUGAUUCACCUUUGGACCAAAUAGGCCAUGAUGAGAGAGGUAUGCAGAGAAACAUGAGGAGGCGUGGCAUGAUAGAUUCACAUCAAACUCUGGAAGGAGAUGCCUUCGAGCCACCUUUGUGUCCUGCUUACAUUGCCGAACUUCACGCAGAAGACGAACUCGCAGAAAGGAGGUACAGAGAGAGGAGAGGGUAUCAUCGAUCCUUGGAAGCUGCCCCUGUCAGUGACGAGGGUGAUCAGAUGCCGCCCUACCAUGCGGAGGACGACAUGGAAUUCGCUGAAGGUGGUGGUCCACGGGCGCUAGAUGGCCGCUUCAGGAACAGGCUGGGACACAGGGCGUGGGGAGAGCAAGAAGAUGGCUACAGGAACCGUGGUCCUCAAGGGUGGCGUGAUGGCGACUCUAAUGACAGUAGACCAAAGCGGAGGAGGUACUGACUUGGCCUACUCAGAGCUGUGGUCGGUACAAAUGGAUCUAAACCAAUGAACACGUCGGUCUUUCGGUGGACUGAUUCAUGCAGCCGCGCCGCAGCUCUCCUAACCGAACUCGUUAAUAUUUUGCAAGCAUCUACCGUUCCAUAUAUUGGUUUGUUUCUUGCGUUCUUUCUCAGCAAACAUGCUCUACAGCUUAUUAGUCUAUAAAAUAGCCCUGAAUCCUGCUCGAUGAAAGCUGAGGCGUUGGUACAUGGGCAUGGAGGUGAAGCUGACAUUUCAGGUCAAAUCGAAGUAAACGAGGACGCUUGAAAGGUGAAAGCCUCCGGCAUGUGCUAUUUUCUCUUGGCUGGAGCUGGAAGUGGGCAAAAGCUACUGCAACUACUUUGCAAUGCAUGGUGCUAUGCCGGUAAGGCCCCUGUAUUAUAGAUGCUUGUCUCCCAACUCUACAAUUUGGUUCGAGUUGAUCUAGAAAGCAGAUGGGAUUCAUAGUACUGCUGCUGGAUAGUGGCCUAGUGGGUCUGUGUUACGUUGUUGCUGUCUUGGACUGGACUUGUUUAUCGGGUUGGGUGUACACCUACCGGCUACCGGGCAAUAUGAAUGCACCGAAUAAAUGUGUGUGUUUUGGCACCGUC